AGCGGCCGAGAGGCAUCAUCCCCAUGAAACUGACUUGGCGUAGCACGGUCGAUAUGAGAGCGCAUGCUCUCCCUGCGACACCUGAGCUUCCCUGUUAAAGAUGCCACGAACGUGCAGAGUCACGAACAGGCCUGGCUGCACGGUUUAUCAGCCUUGGAUGGCAAGAAGGCAGACACGAGUUGCAAAACAACGAUAGCAAAUGUCCUUACAAGAUUCGCCGCAGAGCCGACCAUCAACUCACCUCCUCACCUCCCCGGUUGACGACCCAGCACCAGAAAACUACCCCUCUAAGCUGCAGAUGAGACCUGAGAGUUUGAGUGGUAGUGACAAUGCAUCACGAAAGGCCCGUGGCGGAAGAGGGGACAAACAGUCAGGCUUGGAAUACGGUGGAAAUUGCGGUGAUGACGGAAGAGCAAAUGUCUUCCAUACAACAGGGCUGUGCACCCCCAUCACCAACCAGCCAGACCAACCAGUUACCUGAUGGGCAUAGAACUGGAGCAUUUAUGGAAGCAGAGCGUCUAGACGAUGGGUUAACGCUUUGAAACGGUACAGGUUGCAGCGUCCUCGCAGUGCAUAGAGGGUCCGAAGGUCUACAGGAACGGAAUGUUUCGUGAAUCAGCAGACACCUCCUGUGAGGGAGUGGGCAUCAGUAUGAGGCUCCGAAGGGAAGAUCAGACACCCGACGGCCUAGGAAUUUGUAUUUUUACCUACGAGACCAUCGUGAUUAUGAUCGUCAAAGGAACGUUGGAGUGUCAGCAAGGGAAACUCCAACUAAAAGCCAUCCAAUAUCCUUCUGAGUUCGUUGCUCAUACCUGAUUACGACAUCUUGUGUCUUCUUCCUUUUCACCGACAAUAAGAAUGCUGCUAAAGGUGACUUGAGGUAUUGAGUAUUCUAGCUUUCUAUUAACAUUAUCAGAUUCCCCUUCAGAUGUUCUGCAACGCAUGGGCGGCAUUGGAGCCCGAGUCGCGUCUUGGGUGGAUUUCUCAUCUAUGCAGAGCGAUCAGUUGCACAAAAUGAAUCACUCACCACGAAGACUGACAAAGCACCUCUGCUGGUGAAGGAUGGCUCGGAAGAUGGGCACCAACGGCUGUCUGGCCUAUUGAAGAAAUCUUCGCACUUCAACCCCGAAAGCCUGGUCAAGAAAACCAUCACUGUCAAAAGCAAUGACAGCUCUGGCGCAAUUUGGCUUGGCAUCUUACUACCGGCCUGUUGAUGUUCUCCAAGGCCGGUUGCAAACCCCAAAGAUGAAGCAGGACUUCGUUCUGCAACCGUGGCACCUACCAAGAAAUCCAAUACCGUACGGAAACUCGUACCACGGCCACCAAGCUGGGGAAAGCAGCUUAUCACGAACAGCACACCUCUGGGACAGUCCCCAUUAUACUCAACCAGACUGGGCCAUGGUGAAAAAGUCUGACCGUUAUCACAUCGAUUCCCACCAGGAUCCGUUUUCAGAACUUGUGAUUUUCGAUAACGCUGCCAUGCCGUCAAUUGAUGGCCCGUUGGAUCCAAGUCUUUUCCGGUAUGGCAUAUGCAGGCACAGACGGCGUUGGAAUUGAGGUGGAGGGGUUUCGGAGGAGGGCAUGGCUCGAUGCUGACGGUCCCAAUAAAGGUUCAGAUGACGGUCAAGCCAAUCAAUAUCAGAACCAAUUCGUCAUUUAGGAAUCGAGCGUUUUAUGGAAUAUAUACUAACGGGGCUUCGGGAUUGCAUAUGCCGUAUCGGCCAAAGGUUAUAGAAGGGACUUACGAGGACCAGAAAUAAGGGCCCCUAUGGCCUGACAGUUGAUGGAGCCAGAAAUCGGGAAUCGUCAUCAAUUCCCUUUUUUUGCGUACCGCUAAAUUUAGACAUGGGAC